AUGCCUUUUAUGCAUUUAAUGGGUGUUGUAUUAUCAGUGAAAGAUGAUAUUAAAUGUGAAAAUCCGUGGUUGUCUAUUAUUACAGCUGCACAUCCUAAUACCAUUAUGAAUAUUUUAAAAGAAAAAAAUUCACAACUAGAAGCAGAUGGUUUAUUUGCAUGGUUCAUAUUUUCUGCAUGUAUAUCGCCAGAAGAUGUUCAUAAAUGUACUAAGCAUGAAAUUGAUCAAGUAGCUGAGGAACACAAUACUGAUUCAUGUAAUUAUCCGAGUCUUACUCAUAUUAUGUAUUUCAUAUAUCUUAUGCAUCAUGAUGAACCAUCAACAUUAAAAAUUUCUCAAGCAGCAAAUGAUACAUUAAUACGUACACAUGAUGAGUACAACAAUGUGAUGAUAGGGUGUCAAGGACAUGAUGAUACUAUUUGUACAUUAUUUUCUAAAUCACGUGAUCAUUCAUAUCGUAUUUAUGGUUUAUGA